AUGUCCUACCAGCCGCCUUACGGCUAUGCGUCUUCACCGCAGGCAUCACCGUAUUUUCCAGGGGGUAAUUACUACAGCACGCCACCGCCAAUACCGCAGCAGCAGCCGUUUCAAACCUCUCCCCUGUUUGGCACGGAACAAGAGGCGGUGCAGUGGUUUCGAGCAGUGAGCUCGUCAAGUGGCGGCUACAUCAGUGUUCCGCAGCUCCAAUCCGCUCUGAGCCAGGGCGGCAUGAAUUUUAGUUACGCGACAACGGAGCGACUUAUUUCCAUGUUUGACGCCAAUUUGGACGGAGCGAUUGACUUUACGGAAUUUCAGGAAUUACACCGUUAUAUCUUAUCCAUGCGAGGCGGCUUUAGCCAGCGUGACACAAGUCGUGAUGGUUUGCUCGAGGGAAACGAGGUGCGUAUGGCGCUUUCUGCUAAUUUCUACCAAGUCGAUGAUAAUACCUUUCAGACAUUGAUGCGCAAAUUUGACCGUAGAAAACGAGGAAGCCUUGGCUUUGAUGACUACAUUGAGCUUUCUCUCUUUGUUGGCAAGGCCAAUGAUGCCUUUAAAGCCCAAUCCCAGGGAAAAGCCAGUGCGACGUUCAGUUUCAGCUCAUUUCUAUCGGCGGGGGCCUCCCUGUUGUAG